UAGAAAUAAACAGGAAAUUGUUAUAUUUACUGCUUGAAAAUUAACUUUUAACAAAAAUUAUAUAUAUUUUUUUUAAUUUGUAGAACUACUAGGCAUCCAAGACAAAAGAAGCGUGAAAAAGAAAAAUGCGCUCCAGAUUUCAGCUCAAACAUGUUACAGAAUUCAAGAAAUAUUUGGAAGAACAGAUGCAACUAAUAGAACCAGUCAUUUGGGUUAUGCGAAACGCAGUAGAAAAAACCAAGAUAUGGAUAGAAGAUAAAAAUGACAACCCGUCUAUCACCUACAGCGAGCUAUGCCAGGAACUUGAAUCAGCGACCACGGCUAUGUUGGGUGCAGCGUUACACAUUAUAAGUGAAAAUAAAGAGACGUUAGAUGUCGAUGCAGCAACGCCAUCUUUCUAUCAGUCUACAACAAAAACUACAGGAACAGAAAAACGCGACUGGACUGAAUCAACAAAUCAAAUCACUAAGCAAGUGGAACAAACAGACGAAGUAUUGAGUCGACUUGAGCAGAUAGAGACAGCCAUAUCUUCUCUACAAGACGCCAAUGACAAGUCUACAGAUGACAUAUCAGAAAUAAAACAAUGGAGAGACAACUUUGUAAAAGAACAGAGUGACAUGGGGGUAAACAUUGAACAACUGACUAAAAAACAAAAGCAGAAUUUUAAAAACCUCAGAAAACAAAUGAGUGAACAAGAUAACAAAGUAAAGGAGCUUAACAAAGAAAUUGAAAUUUUAAAAGAAAAAGAAACCAAGUCAAACAAAACUCUAGACAAACUGUCUCUAGAUAUGACGGAAUAUGAGAACAACUUACACAAAAUAAAUAAAGCUAUGCAAGAUCACACAAAUAAAGCAGACAAUAUAACACAAGAAGCUAAAAGACAUUCCGAUCUGAUUGCUUCUUUACAAGAUGAAAAUUACAAAAUCUUGGUCAAAACAUCAACGCAAUUUGAAAAGUUGCAAUCAAAGCACAGUGUGAUGUACAAAAUUCUACAACAAAGGUUGAUACCCAUUGAUAAACUGAUUCAAAUCUUUAACCAGAACUUUGAAACUAGGGAAGAAAAUUUAAAUACGCUUUUUGAACUUGAACAUACUAUUUCAAAGUUGUCUAACGAUUUUCAUCUCAUAGAGUCACGUGUACGUAAAAGAUAUGCUUGUCAUGUGGAGCUUGAUGAUCUCACACCUGUCAGUGCUGGAUCAAUUAUUUCAACAUUUAAAGAAUUACGUGAAUAUAACGGUCAACAUUUUAAUCAUACAACAGGAAAAUUCGUAUCACCACAUAAUGGUUUAUAUCUUGUCUGUGUAACUCUAAAUAAAAGUAAAGAUAAUUAUAUUGUAGUUAACGUGAUGUGUCGGUUGGGUACUGGUGGAUGUGAUAUUUUGUUUUACAACACGCCCAGUACAAGAGAACCACAGAGAAAAGGAUAUGAUCGGGCUCCCAGUGUUUCCCAGCGACUAUCUCAGCACAAGGGAUCUGUUGAGUUGUGUCAUACACAGAGGGUCAGGGAUCUGUAUAGUAGCGUGCUGCACAAGUGGUCAGGGGUACUACCUGAUACCCUUAAUAACUUAGUUAAUAACUUAGCACACGACGGGAGUAGUUGCGAUUUAGUCCUGCACCAAAUCGAUGCAAGACCCGAUGACAAUGUAAUUUAA